UUAGACUCCCUCUGUGAGACUUCCGGUUACCCCUGGAGCAGUGAUUCCUAGUGUUCCUGAAGCAGGGGUUCCUAAUACCCUAGGAGGAGGGGUUUUUGGUAACCCUGGAGGAGGGGUUCCUGGUACUCCUGGAGUAGGAAUUCCUAGUACCCCUGGAGGAGGGGUUCCUGGUACUCCUGGAAAAUUGACACCUGGACCUGGAGAAAAAACUUCGAUCCAUGAAAACUUUGGAAGAACUAUAUCUAAACCUUCCAAAAGUUCUGAUUCUGUUUCUCAUCUGAAAAUUACUGCUAGUAUGUUGCCUGGUAUAUCGUCAGCAACAUUCAACUCAUCAGAUGAGUGUUUAACCCUAACCCUAAAGGAUGGUGGACUGCUCCAGGCUAGUCCUACAUCAAGUUCACGGUGGUUCUCAAUUCCUCUUAUUGGAAAAUUUCUGUAUUACAACUUGAAUUCGAACCAGAUUUGCGAUUCUCUACCAGAACUUGUACAAGAGGAAAAUCUGGAAGAAACAAAGGAAGACGAGCCGAGAAUAUUAGUACCCUCUUCCCUUGCUUCAAGGGUACCUGGACCCAAUGUGUCUGCUGCUAGAACACGUGGACCCAACUCUGCUUCACGGUUUCCGGGAGAGAAAGUGAAACCUCGACCCAGCAAGACCGUAAUCUGCGGUGUGCCUAGCUGUAUGGGGAUCGUUAAUCUGAGUGAGUUCGACGCGCAUUGUAAAUCUACACACGCUAAUCUUGAAACAAAAGAUCGUAAUUUUUACGAGAUUCCUGUUCAAUCCAAACAAUCGGAGCCAACGGAUCCCCAUGAUAUAGGACCUCGAAGAUCAGGGCGUAAACUUCGGCGCAACGUGACGAAACCAAAAGCUGCUCGUCCAGCGAGCAAUCUUAUUCAGUUUUUCGAAUCAUUUAUUCCAGAAGAGUUGAAAAACAGGUUGGAGAAUGAGGAGGAGGAGGGGGAGGAUGAGGAGGAAGUGAACCCUGAGUAUAACAGGAGGAAGGUUCUCGUCAACAACACCGGGAUACCGGAGAAGGACUCUGAGGGAGAACUGAUAGACCAAGACUACUGCGCUAAAAUGUAUCUCAAGAAUCUGUUGGGUGUACUCCGAACUAAUGUGGGGCCGCUAGCCAAAGGUCGGGUUCUUCUUGCUCAACAAUUCUCAUUCAUCAACAACCAGAAAUCCAUAGAAAAGGUUUUCCUGUUCCACCCUGAAAGCAAGCCCGGCGUUGAUAUCACAAUAAAGACCUAUAAUCUGCACGGGAGUGGAAAGGAGCUGGAGGUUUGUAAUGUUAUAAUCCGACUUCCUGGAUCAAAGAACUCUGCUCUUAGCUCCAGUUCUGUAUCGGUACCCAUUCCUGCUGCACGGAGGGAACUAGAUCUGGUCUCGGAGUGUCUUUCUAGGAUAACUUGCAGGGAUAUGACACCUCUGUUCCAUGAGAACGGAUUACUGUUGAACCAGGAGUUCUGCUGUGCCAACACCUUCUCUGAGUGUUUGAACGGGUGGUGGGGUAGUUUCCUCCAGAGGAUUCCAGGGACGGAGGAUGGCAAGGAUAUUAAUUCUCCAUCCCCGACAGAUAUGAAAACCGUUGUUCUGCCCCGUAAAAUUACAGUUAAUGGAACACAAGCAACCCCUAAGAAGCGUGAAAUAGUAAAAUAUUUCCCUGGUAAUUAUGCACUGUACAUAAACUUCUAA